UGUUGCCUUGCACUCUUACAUGCCGCUUGACGCCGUACUCCCUCGUCACGCAUGACCGCCCGAUGGGCAUCACGCUUAAGCUUGGGUUGGGAGAAAGCGAGCUCUUUUGCCUGUUCUCGCGUAACCGGCUUGGUGCCCCUCAGAAGCUGAAGUGGCAGCAACGACAGACAGCACCACCGAAGGAGAAAGAUCUGCCUGCCUGUACGGGCACCCCCACCGGCAGCAGGCGAGUGUGGUGCCACAGGUACCUGGGGGUGGAAAGCCCGGGGCAAAAAUGAUGUACAGCAGCGAUAGCUUUUCCUGCAGCGAUGGCAUGAACGGCGGUGGAAGCGUGCCACCCUUCUUACGGGCCUACGCGACCAGGCGGGGCUACAGCCCGAUCGGAAGGAGAUAUGACGAUCGACGGGUGGCGGUUGUGGGGGUCAGGGGGAUGUUCAGCUGGAAGAGGGCCGUGGGCGCAGCCGCCGUCUUCGUCGCGUUCGUUGCCGCUGUCUCGACCUCGAACUCUUGGCGCUUGGCCGGUGGAAGCCCUCGUGAUGGCCAGCAUCUGCAGGACAGCGGAAGCAACUCGCACCGCGGAAUCUUCGAAGCCUUCGAGGAAAGAUAUUCCGGCUCUUCCGCGGGCGGCGGCGGCGGGCGGGGGGAGGAGGGCCCCGGCAGGCUGGAGCUCAAGGCCACCAACGAGUACGGGGAAUACGACCGCGGGGCUCUAGCGCUUUACGGGCUGGAGAUGGUGGUGGAGCCCCACCGGGCGACCAGAAUAACGGUCUCCAGCAGCCGACCCCGCCGCCUCCCGCCAUCGGAGAACUCGGAGGUCUCGGAGAACUCCGAAAACUCGGAGAAAUCUCCGUCGCCGCCGUUGUCGUCGUCGUCGCCGAGGCGCUACUACUGGUUGCUGGUGCGGGCUGACCGAUCGGGGGCCCCGCUGGAUGGCGUGACCCCCCUGGUGGACACGAAGGUGGCGGGCCCCCUGGCGACCGUUACGCUCACAGACGCGGGCGAGAAGUACGCCCUGCUGGUGCAGCAGGUAGAGGCCGACGGGUCCCUGAUAGCGGAGGCGCGGGUCACGAUCACGUGCAAGUACGUGCGACGGGAGCUGAGGAGCCUGACGGGGGAGGACCGAACCGGGUUCUUCGCGGCCAUGCGGGAGUUCUACACGGUCUCGCUGGAGGAGGGGAGGGACAAGUACGGAGAAGGGUUUUCCAACGCCAAGCACGUGGCCGCGUACCACAACAGCCCGGACUACUGCUUCCACAACGGGAUGCACUUCCUGAACGCUCACGCCGCCUUCGACCUUUGGGUCGAGAGCAACCUUCAGAAGAUCGACCCAAAGGUGUCUCUCCCCCAAUGGGACUACAUGCUGGAAGCCGCCCACCUCGGGACCGAGUGGCCAUCCAGCGAAAUCUUCAGCCCGGACAUGUUCGGAUCGGCGUUGGGAUCUCCGGUGAACCAGUUCCAGAUCUCCGACGGCUGGUUCUCCAAUAUCACGUCCUUGUACGAUCCGCGGGGUGACAUCCUGACCCCCGCGGAAUCGUUCAUCACCACGAGUCAUAACUCGUACGGUUUCGUGGACGGCGUUUACAAUUUCCAGGCGCUCCCGGGAGUUGUUCGCACGAGCUCUUACUGCGGGCUGGAGGUCGUGGCCGAGUUCACCAAGUGCGAAGUCUUCGUGGACUGCUUCGAGAGCAGUACCACCUUCCACGUCUGGGCGUCCUGCAUGGAACACCAGGUACACGCCUCCAUACACGGCAUGAUCGGAGGCGGGUUCGACUGCAACAUCGACAUGAUCGAGUUCCACGAGGAGAACCCGCAGUAUGACCAAGGGCUCCUGACGUUUACCCUCGGGUAUGUGCUCGCCAACAAGUGGCCCUCCAACAGCUUGAUGAGGGACUUUAAUGAGUGCGACGAGCAGUGCGAUGUCGACCAGGGCGAGCCGUGCGGGUGCACGUGCUUGGUUGAUCCUUUCGAGUGGACUGACGAUGAGGUGUACGACUUCAUGGAGGACGUGUUGGAAAGUCUGCGAGGAAGGGCCAAUGGAGCGUCGUACGUCGGCGAAGACGUAACCGCCAGGCACCCGUACGGAUUCAUGCAGGAAGGAGAGCGGCUAGACGAGGAGUCCACCAUGUUGCUGCUGCGCCAGAUGAUGGUGAUCGGGUGCCAGCCCGGGAAGGUCGGAGCGAUGAGCACCGGGGCAGCCCCUCUGGACCCAAUCUUCUGGACGCUUCACUCGGGGUUCGAGAAGGCGCAGCACAUCCUGCAGCUCUCACCGGGGUACCGAGACGCCUACGACUUCGAGUGGGUGGAUGCGGAUUGCGGCGACGGCGUCGCGGGAGGAAAGCUCGACGAUGUCUAUCCGUGGACAGAGCAAACGCUCGGCCUUGGGGAAGGCUCCGAGCUCCUCACCAACGCGGACCUGACGGAAAUUCUCCACCCUUCCAACCCCAAGCUACCCUACCUCUAUGAAGCCUUCGGAAAGUGGGGCACCUGCACCGACUGGGACCCGUGUCCGGAGUGCAGCGACACCGCAGCCCUUGCCCGACAGCGGCGGUGACUUCGACUUACGCACAUGUAAAAGUUUUGUUUUGCCGCCAUGGCGUCUCGUUUGAGGCCGGUUUGUCAAUGUACAGAAGUACUUUAUGAAGAGGGUACCAAGCAUAACAUUAACUCUGGGAAAAAUGACCCCAACCUAGUUGAAGGUGGUCGCCGUUGCCGGCAUGGAGCCCCCCCGGCAUGGGAGGUAGCUGCGCGUGAAGGCAAGGAGCUUGCCGCUGCUUCGCAUGAUAUGCAUGGUUUUUUACGUAUCUGGUAUUUGUUUUUCCACCUCCGGGUUGGCAUUGCCGGCGAAACCGAACGCCCACGAUUAUCACUCGCGUUUGCCAUAUGCGAGGUGCACAGAUUGUUCAUAGGGAAACACCUAUAAUAGUUUCAUUUCGUUUGUUGUGUGACUCCGGUGACAAGGUGUUGGUGAAAUAGCAUUUCAUCUUGUGAGUGAUUAUGGCAACGAGCUCUCCGUCUAGACUACACGUCAGUUUGUCAAGGGAUUACGCUCUGCUCCUCGGAAUUUUGGUUUAUUUUGUCUGGUGUCUUUAUUAUUGUCCUGUUCUUGCACGUUGCACGUUGUUUGGAGUCUUGGCUCUGGUCAAUGGAGUUCAUAGUAGGGAAAUAAAAGCAAAUACGUACGUACGUCCGGAGUAGGUUGUCUGUUUUUCCUGGCGUAGUUGUGGCCACGGAAGUUGGAAGAGUUUGUGCGGGAAGAACGGGAACUGGAUAGCAAAGCGGAACGCUUGUUCGUGUGUGUGUGGGACGUACGCGUUUGGCCAACGUUGUGCUUGUGUUUUGUUUCGUGAAAUGUAGACGUGUCCCUCUCUGCAUGGGUGUCGUUUGGCGGUACUCUUCUCCGCUGUUUCGUGCUUGCAUGCGGCUGGAUGAUGCGAUGUCAUCUGUCUCGGUCUGGGAACAAUCUUACCGAAGAGAAGGGCAACUGAGAGAGAACGGAAGGCGUCAUGGUCGGCGGUGAUCUCCGUCGUUUCGGGCUUGCAUGCGGCUGGAUGACACGAUCUCUACAGUAGUCAGACACCCCUCACCUCCACUCAAGAAAGGGAGGAAGGCGUCGUUUACAGGUGCCCGUCUCCGUCACUUCGCGAUUGGAGGUUGUAUAUGCAACACGUCUGAAUGACCAGAUGUCACCGGUUCCGCUUCUGGGGU